CGAGCCAGCCAGGAGGACUGCUCUCUCUGGCCGUGGGGCCGGUGGGGUCCAGGACCCCUCUGGGCGCCCACCCAGAAAUUUCUGGGAAGAGGGAUCCUGCGAUCUCGCUGACUACCCGGGGUAAGACCAGAACCUGCUGGACUACGGACAAGAGGUAUGUUUCUAUUUGGGGGAAGGUACCUUAUUAUAAAGGCAGUUAAAAAGACACGAGAGACGUCUCGUAUCCGAGGUUGGUAGUCUGUGCCUCGUAGAGGAGGCAGCAGCACCAGAAGUUUUUUAGUCUGUGUCUCGUAGAGGAGGCAGCAGUACCAGAAGUUUAGCAGUCUGUGUCUCGUAGAGGAGACAGCGGCUGUGGUGUUGUGGAUUUGGAUUGGAGCAGGGGUGGCUCUGAUCUCAGUUUGUAAUUUGAAAGGUGCACCUUAGUAAUCCAUAAUUUGGGUGGUUAGUCUGAAUUUUGGGACGCGAAGCGUCCUGCUGUGACAAUUUGAGUUGUGGCCCCAAGCGCUGUAUGUGUGUAUUGUAACCGGAUCCGUCUUUGUUUAGUGAGUUUGUGAUUUUGUGUGUUUAGGCUGUGGAAAACUAUUUGAGCAUUGUAUUUGUUGUGGUCUGUAAGAGUUAGUGCUGUGAGCAUUAUAAUUUGUGUGAUUUGGCGUGUGUUAUUAAUUUUUGUAAGUGUUUUUAGGAGCUUUGUGAACUUGAAGUUGUAAGAAGUUUGUGAAAUUGUUAUUUGCUUUGCAAAGAAAUACUGACCUUUGGGAGUGCAGACUGAUUUAAAGUAUUUGCAUGGUGCUUAGAUUGUGUGUAUUUGUGUGAAUUUGGGCAGCGUGUGCUUUUGGCUGUGAAAAUUUUAUUUGAUAUGUUGUUGGAUGAAAAGCUUUGUAAGUUGAAUUUUUGUUUUAUAGCUAGUGGGUGAAGUGAAAAGCCUAAACUACUUUUAAGAUAGUCCUGGUGAUUAAGAGGUCAUUUGUCUCCCAGAUAACUAGAGGAGAAUUCAGGCUCUGUGACCUCAGGAUACAUUUUUCAACUGCCUGGAAAACCCCAGGUUUAGCGGCAUAGCUAUAUGACCAGGACCGGGAGAAACAGGAACCGAAAGCCUGGUUCAGGAGUAUUCCCCUGCCCAAAUAAAGAUUGUUAUUGUAAUCCGUGGAUUGUAUUUUGGUGUGUAGUCUGUCAGGAUUUGUGGGUCCGAAAAGGGUACAGGUGGCUAAUACCUAAGACUGGAAUUUGUGCUUUUUGUCGUUCAAAAGAACAAGAGGCUACCCAAAAAGUUAUACAAGUUUUGUUGGUGACUGGUCAAGAGGUUCCUGGUAGCAGUAAAAUAUUUGAAUUGUUAGAAAACGGAGUUUCAGGAACUUUAAAGAAACCAGUGGAAAUACUUCGAGUUGAGUGUGGCCAGCAUAUUUUUGUACCAGAAGAAUACCAGGUAAAGCUUAAGAACUGGGAUAAGAUCAAAAGACGUUUUGAAAAGAAAAAACCCUGAACAUGGGGGCAAAUGAGAGCAAAGAGAUUCCCAGGGGAACCCCUUUAGGGUGUAUCUUAACACACUGGAAAGCGCUGGUGGGCUAUGGUGGUAGUGAAACUAAAAGGGAACUUGUUAAAUUUUCUACACAGUGGUGGCCACUCUAUAGACUUGAUGGGGGGUUGAAAUGGCCAGCAAAUGGUACUUUAGACUAUGAGACUUUAUUACAGUUAAUGCUUUUCCUUAGGCGUGAACAAAAGUGGCAAGAAGUAACUUAUGCUGAUAUGUUUUUCAGUCUUCGAAAUCACCCUGAGUGGCAAAGGGAUUGUGGGAUUAGGCCACCGUCUGAUCCACUAGUACUGGCUCUUGAAAAGGAUAAUAAGGCUAACAAGGAAAAGCUCAAACGGUGUUGCAGCACAUGUUCAAUAAAUCAAAGAUGCUCACACCCAAGUAAAGCAUAUGCAACAGAGAUCUUAGAACAAGGGACAGCGGAGGCACUUUUACCACCACCUAGAAACCAGGAAGGGAGGGGAGUAGAAGAGAGGGUGGGGGAACGAGUGAAAUCAGAACCCUCACCAACUUCAGCCUCCCCUAACCUAUCCUCUGGUUCGUCUACCCUGGAAAAAACAGUAAUUAAAGCAAGAGUUUCCCCACCAACUCCUAGAUCAGGGGAACCCUCGAGGUUUUAUCCACCAUUGCCCAGUAGUGAUAGUGAAUGGGAUGAAUCUGAACCAAGUCCCAAGCCUUCCCCACAAGGUCCAAUAGCGUCAAGGACCAGAAGGCAAAGCAGAAUGAACCCACCCCCACAAACAACUAGAAAGCAAACUAAAGGAGUCAUACAAGCACCCUUAAGGCAAGCUAUAGCCUCUGAUGGGGAGCCAAGGAUAAUUAAGGUCCCCUUUUUCUCAAUGGAUUUAGAGGCUUGGGAAAAGACUGCUAAGGGUUAUCGAAAUGACCCGAUAGGCGUUGCCAAAAGGUUAAAGUUUAUGGUUAAGCAGCAUUUACCUGAUUGGGCAGACAUGCAGUUACUACUUGAUGCUUUAACAGAAACAGAGAAGCAGUUGGUUUUAAAAGUAUCCAAGGACUUAGCUGAGGAUGCUUGCGUAUCAACACAAGAGGAUAUUAAAGAUGUAUUUCCUCUUCAGGACCCGAUGUGGGAUCCCAAUGAACCUGAUGAAUUAGCACAGCUUAAGAGAUAUCAAGACUUUAUAGUGAAAGGACUAGAACGAGUAAUUCCUAAGACCAUAAACUGGUCAGCUUUAUAUGCUGUUAAACAAGGUCCCUCUCAAACACCCUCUGAUUUUUUAGAUCACCUACGGGACGCAAUGCGGCGAUACACCACUCUGGACCCUGGAUCGGAGGAAGGAAUACAACAACUAAUAAAUUUGUUUUUAGGACAAUCCACAGGAGAUAUCAGGUGGAAACUUCAGAAGAUCCGGGGCCCAAAUAGCCGAGACUUGGAGACUCUAUUAGAUGAAGCAUGGAGAGUCUUUAGUAACCGGGAGGAAGGAUAUAAACAAGGGAUGAAGAAAUUAGUAGCAGUAGCAAGGGAGGAAGGAAAGGAAAAAUGUGAGCAAGACCCGCCAAGACAAGGACCACCCCGACUGGGAAAAGAUCAAUGUGCAUUUUGCAGGAAAUUUGGACACUGGAAGAACCAGUGCCCAGAACGAAGAAGAGGUGACGAACAGAGAAAAAGUGAUCGGGGGGGAGAAAGAGUGGUUGCUCAUGCAAAGGAGGACUGAGGAGGACCGGAGGGCCCUACCCUAGGGCACCCUCUGGUUAUAGAUAAACUAGGGAAUAAAGAAAAGGAAGUGGAAUUUUUAGUAGACACAGGGGCAACAUUUUCAGUGUUGAAUAAGGCCCUAAUACCUUUAACAAAUGAUUAUGUUAUGGUAAAAGGGGCUACUGGCCAAUCUGAAAGAGCAUAUUUUUGCAAACCGUUAAAAUAUAAAUUGGGAAAGCAAUGGGGAAUUCACCGGUUUUUAUAUAUGCCUAAUGCUCCAUCUGCACUUUUGGGCAGGGAUCUGCUAGAGCAGCUGGAUGCA